AUCAGGCACCUAGGCAUGCAGACUGCUUCUACAAACAUUUGUGAAAGAAUGGGUCACUCUCAGGAGCUCAGUGACUCCAAGCGUGGUCCCAUGAUAGGUUGUCACCUGUGCAAUAAGUCCAUCCACAAAAUUUCCUUGCUACUAAAUAUUUCAAGGUCAACUGUUAGUGGUAUUAUAACAAAGUGGAAACAACUGGGAACCACAGAAACUCAGGUACUAAGUAGUAGCCCACGUAAAAUGACAGAGCGGGGUCAGCCCAUGCUGAAGCGCAAAGUACGCAGAAGUUGCCAACUUUCUGCAAAGUCAUAAGCUAAACACCUCCAAACUUGGUGUGACCUUCAGAUUACACAACAGUGCAUAGAGAGCUUCAUGGAAUGGGUUUCCAUGGCCAAGCAGCUGCAUCCAAACCUUACAUCACCAAAUGCAAUGCAAAUCGUCGGACUCUAGAGCAGUGGAGAUGUGUUCUCUAGAGAACGGUACUUGCCUGACUGCAUUGUGCCAAGUGUCAAGUUU